AGAAGGCGGAGCGCGCGCGCACGGCCAAGGACCCCAACACCUACAAAGUGCUGUCGCUGGUCUUGUCGGUAUGUGUGUUAACCACAAUCCUCGGCUGUAUAUUUGGGUUGAAACCAAGCUGUGCCAAAGAAGUAAAAAGUUGCAAAGGCCGCUGCUUUGAGAGAACCUUUGGGAACUGCCGCUGCGAUGCUGCCUGCGUGGACUUUGGGAACUGCUGCCUGGACUACCAGGAGACGUGUUUAGAGCCGGCACAGAUAUGGACUUGCAACAAGUUCCGGUGCGGUGAGAAGAGGGUGCCCGGGAACCUCUGCUACUGCUCAGACGACUGCAAGGACCACGAGGACUGCUGCGUCAACUACAGCUCUGUGUGCCAAGAUGAGAAAAGCUGGAUGGAAGAACCGUGUGAGAGAAUUAACAAGCCGCAGUGCCCGGAAGGGUUUGACAUACCUCCUACCCUCUUAUUUUCUUUGGAUGGAUUCAGGGCAGAAUAUUUACACACCUGGGGAGGACUUCUUCCUGUUAUUAGCAAACUAAAGAACUGUGGGACAUAUACUAAAAACAUGAGACCUGUGUACCCAACAAAAACCUUCCCCAACCACUACACCAUUGUCACAGGACUUUAUCCGGAAUCCCAUGGGAUAAUUGACAAUAAGAUAUAUGAUCCUGAAAUGAAUGUUUCCUUUUCGUUUAAAACUAAAGAGAAAUUCAAUCCCCAGUGGUACAAAGGAGAGCCAAUUUGGCUCACGGCUAAAUAUCAAGGCCUCAAGGCUGGCACCUACUUUUGGCCGGGAUCAGAUGUGGAAAUUCAGGGAAAUCUGCCAGACAUCUACCGUGUGUAUAACAACUCCAUACCAUUUGAAAGGAGGAUCUUAGCUAUUCUCGACUGGCUCCAGCUUCCAGCAGGGGAAAGACCACACUUUUACACUCUGUAUUUAGAAGAACCAGAUUCCUCAGGUCAUUCCUACGGACCAGUCAGCAGCGAAGUCAUCAAAGCCCUGCAGAGGGUGGACAGCAUGGUGGGCAUGCUGAUGGAGGGCCUCAGAGAGCUCAAGCUGGACAAAUGCCUGAACCUCAUCCUGGUUUCGGAUCACGGCAUGGAACAAGGCAGUUGUAAGAAGUAUGUGUACCUGAGCAAAUAUUUGGGGGAUGUUAAAAAUGUUAAAGUUACGUAUGGACCUGCCGCUCGACUGAGACCAGCUGAUGAGCUCAAUGAAUACUAUUCGUUUAAUUAUGAAGGCAUUGCCAGAAAUCUCUCUUGUCGUGAACCCAAGCAGCACUUCACGCCUUACCUGAAACACUUCCUCCCCAAGCGUUUUCACUUUGCCAAAAACGACAGGAUCGAGCCCCUGACAUUCUACCUGGACCCGCAGUGGCAACUCGCGCUGAGUCCCUCGGAAGGAAAAUUUUGUGGAGGCGGAUUUCAUGGCUCUGACAAUGUAUUUUCAAAUAUGCAAGCUCUCUUUCUAGGCUAUGGACCUGGAUUCAAGCAUGGCGUGGAGGUUGACACCUUUGAAAAUAUUGAGCUCUAUAACUUAAUGUGUGAUUUACUGAAGUUGACACCUGCUCCGAAUAAUGGGACUCACGGAAGUCUGAACCAUCUCCUAAAGCAUCCUGUUUACACCCCAAAGCACCCCAAAGAAGCAGAGCCCCUGGUGAAAUGCCCCAUCAAGGGGACCCCCACAGACACGCUAGGCUGCUUCUGUGACCCCUCGAUUGUGCCUAUUGAGGAUUUCCAGACGCAGUUUAACCUGACCAGGACGGAAGAGAAGAACACUGACCGAGGAGCUUUACCCUACGGAAGGCCCCGGCUUGUGGAGAAGAAGAGCAGCAGUGUGUGUGUGCUCUACCACCAUCAGUUUGUGAGCGCGUACAGCCACGACAUCCUCAUGCCCCUCUGGACGUCCUACACCGUGGAGAGAAACGUUGGGUUCUCCACAGAAGACUUCUCCAGCUGCGUGUUCCAGGACCUUCGGGUCCCUCUGAGUCCUGUCCAUAAGUGUUCCUUUUAUAAAAACAACAACAGACUGAGUUACGGAUUCCUCACCCCGCCACAACUGAGUAAAUAUUCAAGUCAAAUAUAUUCUGAAGCGUUGCUUACUACUAAUAUCGUGCCAAUGUACCAGAGUUUUCAAGUUAUAUGGCGCUACUUUCACGACACCCUCCUGCCGCGGUACGCCCUGGAGAGGAAUGGCGUCAACGUGGUCAGCGGCCCCGCAUUUGACUUCGACUAUGACGGCCGCAGCGACUCCGCGGAGACUCUGAAGAAGAACAGCACACGCAUCCGUAACCAAGAUGUUCUGAUCCCCACCCACUUCUUCGUGGUGCUGACCAGCUGUAAAAACGCAUCCGGGACCCCCUCGUAUUGUAGCAACUUAGACACCGUGGCCUUCAUCUUGCCUCACCGGCCCGAUAACAGCGAGAGCUGCGCCCAUGAGAAGAGUGAACCUUCAUGGAUCGAGGAGCUGUUGAAGUUACACAGAGCGCGGGUUACAGAUGUUGAACACAUCACCGGACUCAGCUUCUAUCAAGAAAGAAAACAGCCUGUGGCAGACAUUUUGAAGCUGAAAACACAUUUGCCAAUCUUCAGUGAGGAAGACUGAUUUUUUAUUCUUUUAAUUCCAAAAAAAACCAAAGCCAAAAACAUACCCUGAGUCUUUCUGAGAGGAUCUUUCUUACGUUUUAUACAGUCCCGCGCCCACACUGUCGUGUUGUUUAGAAAUUGGCAAGCGGAGUUAGAACCGAGACUCCAAACAUCUCAGGGAACCUUUGGACUCGGCAGGGCAGUGGGAGGUGUUCCUGAUACGUCCCGUACAGACGAAAUGUGUGAGAAUCACAUGCAUUGUUCUUCUGGGAGGAAAGGCAGACUUUGGGCUAACUGCUUUUCUACUUGCCUUCACGGAGAAGUAGCUGUGAAGACUGUCUGGACACCAGAUACUAGAAUUGCGUUAUUGACAGUUACCUUUUAUGGUAUUGGCAAACACUAGCCUAAUUAAUAGGGUUGGAAUGGUCCAUGUUACACUAGCGUCUCUUUUUUUUUUCUUUUUUUUUUUUUUUUUUUUGGUUUUUCUCCGGUACCAGGAACCAAACUCACGACCUUGCACUUGCCAGGCAAACGCUUUGCCGCUGAGCUAAAUCCCCAGCCCCUACACUAGCGUCUCUACAAGAAUUUGAAAGUGGUUCUGUAUUCUUUUUAGCUUGGGGUUUUGUUGUUUUUUACUUUUAAUCAAAAAAUGAAUGGAAGCCCAAAUACUUCUGAAAUCCUCCUUUUCCCUUUUUUUGUACACUCCCUCAAAAGCUAAGUUAUUAAUCUGGUGGUUUUUAAAAAAAAAAAAAUUGGGAUUGGAUUUCUUCAGAUUUAAUGGCUCUGACAAGUUGGACUCUGAGAGAAGAUUUGAAUAUAUCUACCUAUUAUCAAAUUUUACAUUGGUGCAAAAAAUUGUAUUUUGUUCACUGGUAAUUAAUAGAAGUUGAAAGUAGCCCUCGAUUUGGUUCUUUUAGACUGUUAAAACUGGGUGUUUUCUGGGUGAAAUUUUAGGGUGAAACCUGUCGGCACAGGUGGGCUGGCACUUGUCACAGGGAUGGGAGGCAAAAACACUUCGCAGAGCACAAGAAUGACCCCAGCAGCAGCACAGCUGUUCUGGGCCUAGCUGUCAUGUUGAUGCUCAAGGCAUGUGGAAAGAAUGUGUCACCUGUCACUUAACAUUGUGUCUGAGGACUUGACAUCUGACCAAACAAACUUGAUUUCCCCCUGUUAUUGACUUCACACUUGCAUUCCAACAUACGAACCUUCAAAGGCUAUUUUAGCAUUGGGGUUACCUGGGUCCAAUACAGAUAUUGUAUUAAUACAGCAAAGAUUUUUAUAUGCCCUUCCUAUGAUAAUCAUUCUUUAGCUGCCAUGAGGCCAGCCACAAAGACCUGUAGGUAAUAUAAUUUGCAGCUGAAAUGUAUUAAAUAAUGUAGAAAGUUUCACAAGGUUUUUGUUUUAGUUCUGUAGUUUCCUGAGGCUGUGUGUGUGUGUGUGUAUGUGUGUGUGUGUGUGUGUGUAUUUCAGCCUAUUUUCCGGUCUUAAAGUUCACUGAUUAUUUUUCCCUAUGUCUAGUCCAUUUUGGUUUUGAGCCUAUCCAUCGAUUUUUAUCAUUUCAUUUAUGGUAUAUUUUAUUUCUCAAAUUUCUUUCUGUUUUUUUCUUUAUAACUUCUAGUUGCUGAGAAUUGUCAUCUCUUUGUUAAGACUUUGUAUUUCUUCAUUUGUUUCAAGUGCGUUUGCCAUUGCCUGUGGGAACAUUUUUAUUAUGGCCGCUGUAAAUCCUCAUCAGACAAGUCCAACAUCGGUGUCAUUGCAGUGCU